AUGAAUAAAAAGCUGUACGUCCGACUGUCGGAGCAAGGCUACUGCAAUGUGGACUGUCGAUCGGAGAGAGGCUGUUCCUACUAUUGUCUAGAUCUGCCCAGCUUGUAUACAACUACUCCUGGAGCUUGUGACUGCGUUAAGUGCGAACGUCCCGGAGAGGUCUGUGUUGCCGAGGGUCGAUCCUAUGCCUGCACCUGCCCGGACGGUUAUCAGCGAGCUGAAAACGGAGGGUGUAUCGAACGAGCGGAGCGACGAUUCGGGUAUUCCACAAAGGAUAAGCGAUGCGUUGAAUUCGUGUAUGGUGGCUGUCAAGGCAAUGCAAACAACUUUGAAUCUCUAGAACUGUGUAAAGCAAGAUGCGGCAAUGGUGCUUCCGGAGUCAUGCCUAAAGUGUGCACUAUAACCCUUCUUGUAGACUCGGCCCGUAGCACUAUCUGCAGCCUUCCUCUGCGCACAGGACCAUGUCGUGAAACCAAUACACGCUACGGUUAUUAUGGUCCAAUGAAAAAGUGUGUGCGCUUUAAUUACGGUGGCUGUGGAGGCAAUCGGAAUAACUUCUUGACUGAAGAAGAGUGUCAGAAAGCCUGCAUCAGCGAUGCCGCAAUGUUCGUUGUGGGAGAAACGCUCGCUGUGUGGACGGAAGGUGCAUAUGUGAAGACGGCUACGAAGGUGAUGCCGAACGCGAGUGCAGAAGAACCGAGUCAGCUGACAGAUGCCGCAAUGUCCAUUGUGGGAGAAACGCUCGCUGUGAAGACGGAAGGUGCAUAUGUGAAGACGGUUACGAAGGUGAUGCUGAGCGCGAAUGCAGAAGAAAAGAAUCAACAGACCCUUGUCGUGACGUCCGAUGUGGUCAGAACGCCCGAUGCGAGGCUGGCAGAUGCGUUUGUGAGCAAGGCUAUGAAGGCGAUGCUGAGCGCGGCUGCCGACCAGUCCAAUCAGGUUUCGUUUGUUCUAUGCCUUCAUCCUCUUCGUCUUCUUCCUAUUGCAGUUGGAGUUGCAAGCAGUGGCAAUUUAUGUGAGUUGCCAUUGGAAACUGGACCCUGCCGUGCUUUCAUUCGCCGUUACGGAUUUAAUCCCCAGACCGGACACUGUCAACUCUUUACAUACGGUGGUUGUGCUGGUAAUGCAAACAACUUUGAGACCGAAGAGGAAUGCAUGGCUCGAUGUGGAGGUGCAGGAUCAGGUAGAUUAUGGAUCUUCUUGUUGGUUUCUCGUUAUACAUUUGAUAAUGCCGCAGCUAGGUGGGAUUUGCAGCUGGAAUGGAUUAUGGGUGGAGGCAGCGGCAAUUUGUGUGAGCUGCCAUUAGAGACUGGACCCUGCCGUGCUUUCAUUCGUCGUUACGGAUUUAAUCCCCAGACGGGACGCUGUCAACUCUUUACAUACGGUGGCUGUCCUGGUAAUGCAAACAACUUUGAGACCGAAGAGGAAUGUAUGGCUCGAUGUGGAGGUGCAGGAUCAGGUAGGCAGACCCUUGUCGCGACGUCCGAUGUGGUCAGAACGCCCGGUGCGAGGCUGGAAGAUGCGUUUGUAAACAAGGCUAUGAAGGCGAUGCUGAGCGCGGCUGCCGACCAGUUCAAUCAGGUCUUCAUGCUUCUGGCUGACUCUUCCGUAGACAUUGAAACUCACUGUCAUGUUAUUUGUGAUUGUGCAGGUGGAAGGAGUGGCAAUUUGUGUGAGCAGCCAUUGGAAACUGGACCGUGUCGGGCUUUUAUUCGACGUUACGGAUUUAAUCCCCAGACGGGACGCUGUCAAUUCUUUACAUACGGUGGCUGUGCUGGUAAUGCAAACAACUUUGAGACCGAAGCGGAAUGUAUGGCUCGAUGUGAAGGCGCAGGAUCAGGUAGGGUGGAGGUGGAGGUGGAGGGAGUGGCAAUUUGUGUGAUCUGCCAUUGGAAACUGGACCGUGUCGUUCUCACCGUCGCCGUUACGGAUUUAAUCCCCAUACUGGACGCUGCCACCUCUUUACAUACGGUGGCUGUGCUG